CUCCAUCACCCUCAUCAUCAUCCAUCACAACCACCCUCUUCAUCACAUCGCCCAUUCAACUAACUCUCUCAAUGCCGACUCUACUCUCGUACUCUUUCAACUAACCUGUCGCCGCUAUGAAAGAGAAGCCGGCCUCCAUCAAUCACAAUGACGUAGUCACUACUCCAACCAGUCCAGCCACUCCUGUUAGCGUCGUCCAGCCAGACAACGCCAGCACUAGGACCAUAACGGGCUCGACCACGCCCCGCUCAUGGGAGCUCUUCCAGCAGUUUAUCGAGUCUGUUCCCGUAACAACUGCAGACUUCCGCAACUUUGCGCGCUUUGCGCCCCUAGUGUCAGCCAUCCUUGCACCUGUCUCAACGCUCUUCGAUAUCCCAGCGCUGACACAACACUGGUUCUACGAUCAUGGCGAGCCGGUCAAAGACCCAAAAGCUUGCCUCGCUCUCUCCGGCAUCGGGCUCGCGUUCAACGUCGUUGGCAACGUCCUGCUUGUGCUCCGCUUUAGCUCCCCCCAUCGCCGUUCCAAAGCUGUCAGCUACUCGCUAUACUGCUGGGUCGCAAAGACUAUCAUCGCGAUUGUGAAUAUCGCCUACUUUGGCGCAUGGCGUAACAAGAAUCCCGAUUACACGUUCGACCAAGCCUUCUGGGCGGGUGUUGUUUCGGUCAUCAUCGCUGGCAUCAUCAGCACCUGCCUGUUCCUCCACUAUGUGUUCGCAUACAAGCACGAUCACGCUGAGAGCCCCAAGCUUCUCGUCACGGGCCGCAAGUUCAUGCUCUCCAUUACAGGUCUGUUCGUUCUCAUUGGCUUUCAGGCGCUUGCCUUCUCCCGUCUUGAAGGGUGGAAGUACUUUGACGGCAUCUACUUCUCCAUGCAGACGACGCUCACGGUUGGCUAUGGUGACCUCUCUCCGACGACGACAUGGGGCAAAAUCCUCUGCUUUCCCUUUGCCGUUCUCACCAUUGCCCAGCUCGCCAAUCAAGUUUCAAUCAUCAUCGACUUCAUCAAGGACCGCGCAACGACGCGCCGUGAUCAGUGGCGCAAGAGAUACUCGAUUGCAAUGCAUCGCGCCGCGCUUCAGGUCAAGCCGUAUGGAACCCUAAUCGACGAAAUCUGCCUCAUCCACCAGAUAGAGCUACAUCAACAGAGUCUCAUUCAACUGUACGACCUUAUUUGGUCCUUCAGCGGCCUAAUCGUCUUCUAUGUCGUCGGCGCGGCGUGCUUCAAUGCCAUGGAGUAUUGGGGCUAUGGUAAUGCCAUAUACGCCGUUGUCAUCCUGUCAACGUCGAUCGGCUUUGGGGAUUAUGCGCCUACCUCGGCUGGCGGCCGCGUCUUCUGGGUCAUAUACGCGCUCAUGUGUGUUCCGAUUAUUACGAGUUUUGCCACCAACACCGUCACUGGUAUUAUGUACACUAUCUCGGAGCACAAGUAUCAGCAAAGCGGGUUCCGGUUGGCCCGGGAUGAGGACCCCGAGGCGUUCGCGCCCCACUCGCACUUCAUUCUGAAGAACCAUGAGAAGUGGGACGGUGCGCGGAAGCGCUACCAGGCCAAACUCGCGCUGCGUAAAAAGGCCCUGUCGCAGGGCGUCGAGCUGUCGCGACAGCAGGAGCAGCUCAUCACCCGCCUUCUCCAGGAUCCCACUACCCAUGAUGUGGUUGUCGAGGCGCUCGGCGGCGUCGACAAGACCGAGCUGGAGAAGUAUCGUGACUUGAUAGGAGCGGACGCUCCCGAGAACAGCAGUGAAGGCACGCGCGUCAGCGAGUCGCCGCAGCCGACGCGGACGUCUGAAGGCAACGACGGUGGAAUGAAACCAGACGAAUCCGUCAAACCGAAGCUCCAGAUUGAUACCUUCACCGAUAAGGCCGGGCAUACCUCGGACACGGACGAUCUAAUGCCUGACAAGCCUGAAGCUGGGAUUGAGUUCAAACUCUGCAAGGCGCUUAUCGACCGCGUCUCGCACCUCGAAGCGCAGUCUCGUCAGAUGCUGGUGGACACGAUGGACGAGAAUCUGGCACGCACAGUGUUGCUCGCUGAUCGGAACCUGCAAGUCCGCGACGCUUUGCACCUCUAUGACUUUGGCAUUGACUUACAAGGCAAUUACAGAGCGGAGGCCGAGCGAGCGUGGAAAGAAGCCGUGGCCAAGCACGGGCUCGGCGAUGCGAGCACAGCAGAUCAGGACGACAUGCUCGCGCGUGUGAGACGAUACCGCGACACAUUUGCGGAGAUCCUCGUGCUCAGCAGUACGCUGCUGCAGCUGCAGGGUGACGACCUGAAACGAUUCGAGCGCUGGCGCACUGGCGACUUGCAUCACGCCGUUAAGGUUGGCAAGGCCGUCAAGGGCGCUAUCAAAGGUGUUAAGAAUCGCCCGCAGUAUAAGCAACACCGCAAGAAGCGUCUCCGCCAUCAUCGGCACAGGGAAGACCAUGCCUCGGAGAUCCUCUCCGAAUCGGAGGCCGAGAUCGAGCGCGACCUGUGCCCGCCAGGAGAAGCUGAGCCGCGGCACCAUCAUAGGCGGCGCCGACAAAAUUCAUCGUCCCCACGGCGCUCUACUACUCCUAUGUCGAACGGGGAGGCGCCCAAGCCGUCCUCGCCCACUAGAACACGCGCUCCGGAAGUACACGAGGGCGAACCUGGACCACACGAGAACGCAAGGGUCGCUCUGGGAUCAUCCAACCCUCACGAGCCGCACCCGCACGCCGAGCACAUGUGGCACACAGAGCCAUGCGAUGAGCCAGACGCAUCCCGUUCAUCGUCUCCAGAACCGACGUCAGCCCGACCCCCGCCCCGCCGUCUCACAUCUACACCUGUGACGCCUCCCCCCGAGCCUCGUUCCCCCUUCUCCGCGCACCCCGCGACCUCGCCCACGACGCACUGGCGGAAGCCGGGCAAGAAGGAGAAGCGCUUCGUGGACGUCAUGGCGCGCUCGGUGCUGAAAGCUGCAGACCGGGAGGCGACACAGGCGCGUGAGGGCUGGAUGGACUGGCUUGCCGACAAGGCUUACGACGUAAUAAGCGAUGCGGGGCAUCGCGUGCACGUGCGCCACCACCGGAGUGCGAGUGGCCGUAUGGGCUGGACUGUACGCGGCCAAUCGGAGGAGAGCGGUGGCGAGAGCGAAGGCAGAGGGCGGGACCCACGCCCGGCGGGCCAAAGUGCGGACCGUGAGCACGAGGGGAGGGACGAGCGCGAGGAGAAUGAGAGUGAGAGCGAGGAGGAAAGGCCGAGGAUGCGUGGCGGCGGCGAGCGCGAGCGCGCCGGUGGCGGAUCCGCCGCGUGGGUCGGCGGCGCAGGCGAAGGUGGAGGGGAGGAGAGUGCGCGCGUGCGCGCCAAAGAGAAGCGGAAGCGGCGGCUGGCGCAAGAGGCGCGACGGAGCGAGCGGCGGGACCGGGAGCGGGACGUGCGCGCAGACUCGUCGGAUGAGGAGCGGCAGAAGGAUAGUCAUGGACGGCAGCGCAUGACGCUGCGCGAGCAUGUCGCCGACGUCGUGCACGAGGCCAAGGAGCGGCACGCGGAGAACAAGUCCAUCAAGGCUGAGCAGGCGAUGCGGUACGAUGCGAUGCGUGCGCCGGACCCCAAUACUGUGCCGCUGCGGGAGGCCGUCGAGCCGCCCGUGACUGCUUCGUCCGUCGCCUGAGAUUAGCGGGUCGAUGGUUGCGCGGGUCGGUUGCAUGUUCGCUGCAAGACAUCGGUGGUAUCUGCGGUGAUUGGUAUAUGGUUAUA